UAAGGGUAAAAUCGGAUUUCUGUGUUUAGCCACCUCUCUCUCUCUCUCUCUCUCUCUCUCUCUCUCUCGCAACACGAACAAUGGAAGCCGUUUACGACUCUGUACGGGCAAAGGAAAUGGAUCAGAAGAACCAGCAGAAGAUGAACAAAAUCAUUUGCAGAUACGAAGUCAUAAACCUUCUCAAAGCAAUGGAUCUAGCCAACAUGAUUCUUCAGAUCUCUGGUCCCAUGCAUGGAGAUGUUAUCAUUCUCACUUUGAGGCAUCCCAGACCAGUUCGAAGAAGGGUCAGUUUCAUUCCAAAUAUCAAGCUCCUUGUCGGAUUUUCCAUCUUCAUUUCAGAAAUCUUUUAUGUUUCCAUCCACAAUGAACCCAUGAACCAGGAGAAGAGGGCACUUUUGAUCUUAAUGCUUUUUAUUGGUUCCAUGAUUUUUAUUCUAUUGAUUGAGAUGUCACAGCUGAUUUCCCAUAGACUUGCAAUAGAAGAACGAAGGCUGCUCCGUCUAGUUGGGUGGAUCCAGGAAGCCCUAAUUAUUACAAUGUCUGGCACCAUGAUUUACUGGAUUUUGAGAACACCGGUGGAGCCACCAGUGCCUAUUCCUGCCUAAGUGCUGUCAAUCUUCUUUCACAGUUUCAUUAUUUUUUUUUGUGAUUGCAUAAUUAGCUAUUCUUUUGUUUUGUGUUUAUUCUAGUUGUGCAUGUUGUAAAUCUAUGGCUGAGUAUUCAUUUAGAUGGCUUUACAAGUAAUCGAGAAUGAUAUUAUUUGUGUGUAUGAACUAUGAACCACAAAUUCUUCACAGUGCAGUUUAUAUUUUAAAAUUGAGGAGGUACUAUGGAAAA